GAACUUAUUCCAAGCACAUUCAUUUCAUUUGGCAACAUACUAAAAGCAAUAAUGAGAACUAUCAAAAACUCCCUUGCUCUCAUUUCCAUCAUAUUUUUAUCUGCUACAUUUUUCCCUAUAUUGGUACAGCCAUGCAACCCCAUCGACAAAGAGGCCUUGCUCGAUUUCAAGCAUCGCACUAAACCUUCUAAAAUCCUCAAAACAUGGAUCGCCAACACGAAUUGCUGCUCUUCGUGGGCCGGUGUGACCUGCAACCAAACCAAUGGUCGAGUAGAUAGCAUACAACACUACGAAGGCACAUUGUCAGGUACACUCUCCCCUUUCCUAGGCAACCUUACGUAUCUCACAUACCUUAGCGUUAGUGGCACUACCAAAUUAACCGGUCCAAUUCCAAUAGAACUAGGCAAAUUAUCAAACUUAAAACAUCUUUUCUUAUCCACAAAUCAAUUUAGUGGACCUAUACCCUCUUCAUUUGGUAACCUCCAUAAUCUUGAAAGGCUUUAUCUUGAUAGCAACAAUCUUUCUGGUACCAUACCCAACUCUAUUUUCCAAUCAAUGUCAUCCCUUUUUGAAUUAGAUUUAUCGGAAAAUCAAUUAACCGGGCCAAUUCCAAGAUCUAUUUCGACUUUAACGUCACUAACGAAACUCAAUCUCUAUACCAACAAAUUCUCUGGCAAAAUCCCUGUUGGGAUUUCCAAACUUAAGAAUCUUUUAAAUUUAGAUUUAUCCUCAAAUAAUCUACAAGGUCCAAUACCAGAUUCCAUUGGUGAACUUUCUGAGUUAAACACUUUAUAUCUAAACAAUAACCAACUUUCCGGAUCAAUUCCUUCAUCUGUAGGCCAGCUUAUUUCUCUGACAGAUCUUUUACUUGAUAACAAUAAACUUUCUGGUGUUAUUCCAAGCUCAUUCGGAAAUCUAAGCGAAAUCUCAAGAAUCUACUUAGAUAAUAAUUCUAUAACCGGAAAGUUACCCUCAACUCUAGAAAAUCUUGGGGCCUUACAGGAAAUUUCCUUUACAAAUAAUUACUUAGUUGGCCAAAUACCUCCUAGUUUUGGCAAUAUAAGGAAUCUCUUAUCAGUAGAUUUGUCUAAUAAUCAUCUUGUGGGUCCACUUCCUCCUCAGCUAGCUAAACUAAACAGUUUAGUCUCACUAAAUCUAGCUCAUAACCCACUUGGGCCCAUGUCAAUACCCGAUUGGAUAUCGAAACUAACCAUCAUAACUCUGAACUUAGCCGCGACAGGGCUUACCGGGCAACUACCAAAUUGGUUAUCUUCCUCAAUGAUAACAUCUCUAGACCUGUCAAGUAACAAGCUCAAUGGGGCAUUGCCUUCAGGGAUUGGUAAUAUGAGUCAACUGUGGUACUUAAACAUAUCAAACAAUCAAUUUCAUUCAACAAUUCCUACAGAGUUCAAGAAUCUCAUUUCGAUACAACAUCUUGAUCUUAACUCAAACAAGUUUUCAGGGCCGUUGGGGAUCAUUUUCACUACAGGUUCGUACUUGAGUAUCGAUGUGUCGAACAACUUAUUCACUGGGCCACUCGACAAGAACAUGGGUAACUACAAAGGUUUGAACAUUUUAGGGAUCAGUUCCUUAAUCUUAUCAAAUAAUCCAUUGGGAGGAUCCAUACCCGAGUCAAUUGGGAACUUGACCCAACUGAAAGUGCUAGAGAUGGCUAGUAAUAGAUUAAGGGGAAGUAUUCCAAGCAGUGUGUUCAAUUUAAAGAACCUGAAAUUGUUGGAUGUUUCGAGGAAUGAAUUGAGUGGGAAGAUCCCUGCACACAAGGCUAGCAUUCCUGCUUCUGCAUUUUUGGGAAAUUAUGGACUUUGUGGUGCUCCUCUCCCUCCUUGUAAGCAUUAGGAGUAAAUAGUGACUACGCACUAGUCUUAUUUAUAUUGUAUGUUGUUGUUUUCAUUGUAAUUUGUAUGUUACAUGUGCUCAAAUAAUCUUGCAGAUGAAAUUGUUCUAAAGUAGUAGAGUUUAAAUUGUAAUGAGAAUGAGAUUGUCCCAAAAUAUAUAGGUAUUUAGACUAUAAUAUACUUUUUAUUUCACUUUCGCAUUUAAGCUGUUUUAUACCUUGGAUUGCAAAGUUCAAUAUUAAUAUUUUUAUAAUUUUUA